UCUAGCGCGGCAGCCGAAUAUAUUUACCUCCCCUUCAGCCAGCAAGGCUUUCAGAACUGUUUGCAGGGAAGGAGUAACUACUAGUAUAACAGCAGAGCAAGUUUGCCUGCUAAACUCAUCAAUGGAGGAGCUGCUGGGAUCAUUGGUGUUACUUGUAUAUUUCCAAUUGACUUGGUUAAAACUAGGCUACAGAAUCAAAGAAGUGGACAGCAAGUCUACAAAAGCAUGUUGGAUUGUCUAAUGAAAACUUUACGUUCGGAAGGCUGUUUUGGCAUGUAUAGAGGUGCAGCAGUGAAUCUGACCCUUGUAACACCUGAGAAGGCUAUCAAACUGGCUGCUAAUGACUAUUUUAGGCACCUUCUUGGCAAGGAAGGGGUAGCUCUGUCUUUAUCUAAAGAGAUGCUAGCAGGCUGUGGUGCAGGAGUUUGUCAGGUUGUUAUCACCACUCCUAUGGAGAUGCUAAAAAUCCAGCUGCAAGAUGCAGGGAGACUAGCAUCUCAGCAGAUUGUGAGCCGAGUUUCUUGUUCCACCUCUGGAUGCAAUCUUGUAACUGUCAACCCUAUUUUAACUAGAGCAUACAAUGUAGGACCUGCUGUUAUCCCAAGGAGGAUAUCUGCCACCCAAAUAGCAGCUGAGCUUCUACAUACUCAUGGCAUCAAAGGACUUUACAAGGGUCUUGGAGCCACUUUACUGAGGGAUGUCCCAUUCUCUGUCAUCUAUUUCCCACUGUUUGCCCAUCUGAAUAGAGCAGGACAAGAUUCCUUGGAGGAGAGAACAAGUUUCUUUCGUUCUUUUCUUGCUGGGUGCAUGGCUGGCUCAGUGGCAGCUGUAUCUGUGAAUCCCUGUGAUGUAAUAAAGACUCGUCUUCAGUCAAUGGGCAAAGGAAGAAAUGAGGAGAACUACAGUGGAAUUACAGAUUGUGCAAGGAAGAUUUGGAUAAAGGAAGGUCCCUCAGCCUUUCUAAAGGGGGCUAGCUGCAGAGCACUUGUCAUUGCACCUCUCUUUGGUAUAGCCCAAGGGAUUUAUUUCAUUGGGGUUGGAGAAUUUCUUAUAAAUCUAUGCCAGAAUGGAAGACUGUCCCCCUAGACUUUCAUUCAUUGGACCUACUGGAAUAUAUCCACAGGAGCCACCAGUCAAGAAACAAGAGUAGCUCAUGUCUAUUGACAACUAUUUCUUCUGUUGGGAAACAUGACAAAAGACAAGGCCACUACAAAAGACAUCAGUCAUAGAAUACUCUGUAAAAUAGGGGCAUGUCUGUGUGUAGGAAACAAGAAUUCCUAAGAGUGGAAUGCGAAUAACUGCUUGGGGUAAGUGGAGGGCUGAAAGAGUAUAUAGGGAAAUGUUUUGUAUAUAUGAGUGGAACAGGAAAAGAAAGAAGUAUCUGUGGGGCCAAAUCUUUUUUGAACUAUUGAAAAGUGAACUAAGCAAUUAGUUGUUGUUGGGGUUCCAUAGAUGCUGUUAAUCUACCCCACUUGCAAUCUUUCCAGCUAUUGACUGUCUGCUAGUGUCUCACUCACCAAAGAUUAACUGGGAACAAAGGUGUAUGGAUUUUUAUAGAUUUGCGUUUUUAACUUUACCUACAGUAAAGAAUUUGGUUCCUGUGGUAACUGUUAAAUACAGAAUAACUCAAAUAUUACAGGCAAAGUAGAUUAGUUAGUUCCUUAAAUUUAUUAUUAAAAAGCCGUAAGCUAUUAAUAAAAAAUGCAAAAUGUGCUCUUUAGAACCAAAUGUAAUUUAACUGGGAGCUGAAGAUACUGCUUGGCUAUUAAUAUUGUUAAUCAUAUCAUAAACUGCCAAGCAGUUUUUCUUUAUUGGCUUUUUCACAUGUUUUAUGAUAUUUUCAUUAUUAUAUUUUUCCAUUAUCACUGAGCUUGUCUGAGAAAGUACAAUUAAGAGUGUGGGUGCCAUUCUGUCUAAGGAACGAUAUGUUGGUUUCAAGACACUGUGUGCCUUGCACCAUGGACAAUAUAAACACAGUUAUACCCCUGCACUUAUUCUAGUACAAUAAACAUGUUUAAGCCA